AUGUUUGCCGUGAAUGCUCGCCGGGCUAUCGCCGUCGCCUCAGCUGCGACGGUGAAGCUGCACUGGGAUCGGAGAGAAGGCGACCGCGAGCGCUGGGAACGCAGCCGACCCCUGCGCUGCGAGGAGCUGACUCUGCAGGCGACUGCACAGCGACUCCUCCCCCACGCUGUUCAGUUUGCCGAACUUCAUGGCCUGCUCUAUGGGGCCAAGGACCGAAGUUCGGAUGCCAGCGCCGCCACACAGUGCCCCGUCGCGAUGCUUCCCUUCAAGAUUCCGCGCCGGGCGUUCGACGAGUGCGUGGCCUUGAGCCCGUUGUGGAACCAGCUCGUGGACGCUGCAGCACGGGACCUUCAAUGGCUCUACGCCACACUGGAGCCCGCGGCAAAAGCGGAUGACUUCACGGCUCGGCUGCUGCAGAUGUCCAGAGAACUGCACAAAGAGGGCCUUCGGCAGCCGAUGAUGCUCGGAAUCCAUCGCUCGGACUACAUGCUGCAUGAGUCCGGCACUCCACGCUUCCUGCAGGUGGAGCUGAACACCAUAGCCUCUUCCAUGGCUUCCCACUCUGCGAACGUGCGGAAGCUGCACAAUUAUGUCUUGGGCCGGUAUGGCAGCCAAUCAGACGAUGUUGGCCGUAGCCUGCAGGCUCACUUCGGUGUGCCCAGCACGCAGAUCGUGGACAGACUCCCAGCGAACGUGGCGCUGAAGGAAAUCCCUCGCGCCUUUGCGAAAGCGCACGCCGCCCACGGUGUCAAGGAUGCUUUUGUCCUUUUCGUCGUCCAGGACGACGAGCGGAACUUUGCUGACCAGCGCUUCCUGGAGUAUGCGCUGUGGGAGGACCCAAAAAGGGACCCUAAUUUUGACAACCACCCGUAUUCUAAUCUACGAGGCAGGACCAUGGAGUCAAAGUGCUCCUUGGCAGAGAAGGUCUCAACGAUCCAGCUCCCUAGCAUAGAAGGAGGUGGUCUCGGGCAUUUGGGGAUGAAGGUGAUAGAGCUGAUAAUCGCUGCUUCCCUUCACUUUGUUCCUAGCAUGGCCCGAGCCCCGCGUUUCGCGUUGCUCUCGCUCGUUGCAGCCUUCGCACUGCUUCGGUGGUCGGCACCGUCCUUUGCGGGAGCGCGAGGGCCAAAGGUCUCCUUCCAGAGUGCUCUGCAGCAGAAACUGACGGCCUUCGGUAGGCAUUCCUGCACUGCACGUGCUGCUGUGGGAAUCUUCUAUGCAACGCAGACGGGCAACACCGAAACGGUUGCUUCCAAGUUGGCGGAAGCUACAGGUUUGGAAGCCUCGGAUUAUGAUGGAGAGGAUUUCUCUGAUCUGGACGGAGUGAUCGCGGGUUGCCCUACCUGGAACACAGGAGCAGACGAGUACCGCUCCGGAACCACCUGGGAUGAUUAUCUUGACACGAUCAAGGAGUACGACCUCAAAGGGAAGGUCGUGGCCGUUUUUGGUUGCGGUGACUCCCAGAGCUAUGCAGACAACUUCUGUGAUGGCAUUGAGGAGCUUCACGACGCUUUCCGAGCUGCGGGUGCCAAGAUGGUCGGCUACGUGGAUGAAUCUGGCUACUCUUACGGCGAGUCCAAGAGCGUGAAAGAUGGAAAGUUCUUGGGACUGCCUCUUGAUGAGGACAACGAAGAUGACCAGACCGAUGACCGCAUCGCAGCUUGGGUGGAGCAGUUGAAGGGCGAGGGCAUGCCUCUGUAA